UAAAUAGAAUGAGAAAUAUUCAAACAACAAUUUCAAUUUAAUUGAAAUUUUAUAAUUCUGGGGCAGUCGUUAUUAAAAGUAAAUAUCGGUGCUACAUAGUAGGAAAUAGGAAUACGGUAGCCUGGUUAUGUUGAAAUAAAAAUAAUUACCAAAAGUGUUUCUAAAUUUUAAUUUGUUUUUGUUUAAUUAAAUUUAAAUACAAACAAACAAGAUCAAAAUACGGGAGAAUCAAGCUAACCUUAAAAUACGGUACUAAAUUUUGCUUGCUUUGUGAAGCUUUUCAUUGAUCUAACCACAGUAAACAUCGUUAUUAACUAGAUUAAAUAUUUAAAGUUUUCAUUUGAAUAGUUAAACUUACUUUGAUUCAAAUUUCUCGAUACUGUAGUUAUGGCCCAACAAGAUCAACAAUUUCUAUGGAGUGUUUUCCAAAAGGUGGACAAAGACCAGAGUGGGCAAAUAACAAUCAAUGAGCUACAGCAAGCACUUUCUAAUGGCUCGUGGGAUCCAUUCAAUCCAGAGACUUGUCGACUGAUGAUAGGAAUGUUCGACAAAGAAAAGAAAGGCUCAAUAUCAUUUCAAGAUUUCGGAGCACUUUGGAAGUAUGUGACAGAUUGGCAAGGCUGUUUCCGAUCUUUCGACAAGGACAACUCCGGUAGCAUUGAUACGCAAGAGUUGCUCACAGCUCUUCAAACCUUUGGUUACCGACUCUCCGUUGACACUGUCAACACCAUCGUACAGAAGUUCAACCGGGCAGGUGGAGGAAAAAUUUACUUUGAUGAUUUCAUUCAAGCAUCCGUGUUACUGCAUAACGUCACAAAUGCAUUCCGGCAGUUUGACAAUGAUCAAGAUGGCACCAUCACUAUCCAGUACGAACAGUUCAUUAAUUUAGUGUUUGGUGCAGGCAUUUAACUAGGCCUAUUCCAUCUUGGUAAUUUUACUGAUUGCAACUCGCUGAUCCAGUAUGAUCUUUUACUUGAUCCAGUUAAUUUUUUUUUACAAAAAAUAAAUCAGGAUCAGAUAACUGUUAUCCUUUUUGUGGCUUUUCUGGUUGAUUAAAUAUAUUUAUUUAUUAUAGAUUUAUUGACAAAAAGUCACAGUGUAUAAAAGAAAAAUUUUAGUCAUGCUGACAAUUAAGUUGUAAUUGAUUGACCCACAGAACAAACUAUUAGAGUACCUAUCUGUUAUAUGUAGGCUAAUAUAUUUUUAUAACUGACUAAUAAACAACAUUCCAAAUAAUCAA